AUGGGUAACCUCAUCAGCAGGCCCAGUUGCCUGGGCAACAAAUCCAAGCACGUGCGCACGGACGAGGACUUCCUGAAGGAGUGCUACCAGAGACGGCGCGAGUGGCCUCUCCCCGAGCCUCCGCGCCAUGAGGAAGAGGAGGAUGAGGGGAAGAAGAGGGAGGACGCGGCGCCCAGUCCGACCCUGGAGAAGCCGCGGAGCUCCCCGGCGCCCACGGUCACCACCACCAGCACGCUGGACAACGCCUGGCGCAGCACGCCCUCGCCGGUCAAAACCCCCCGCAACGGGUCCCUGGCCCGCAGGACUAACCCCCCGGAGUUCAGGCACUCGUCGUUGGGCCACUACGACCGCGUCACGCUGGACAGGCACUCCCCGCUGGGGCACUACGACAAGGGGACCACCGCGACGACUCUGGAGAGGCGCACCAGCCUCCAGAGGCGGGACUCCGGGAGCCCCUGGUCGUGGAGAACGCCACCGAACAGACCGGAGGUCACCGAGGUGACGGAGGUGACAGAGACCAUUGUGACGGAGAUUGUGGAGGUGACGGAGUACCCGGCGGCAGGGAAGGGCGGUGACCCCGUGGUCACCAGGACAGUGAGGGUCCUCACGGGAGCGGCCGAGGAACUAGCAGAGGGUGCCAGAUCCGCCUUGACUCUGAGAGAUGAGUUCGGGGAUCCGGAGACCUUUCAGCAGAACCUGGAUGCCCUUCUUACAUGGGUGUCUGAGAUCGAAGACCUCACAGCCAAUCAGAAACCUCCAUCCUCUGAGUUCAAGGUGGUGAAAGCACAGCUCCAAGAACAGAAGCUCCUGCAGCGCCUCCUAGAGGACAGGAAGCCCAGCAUGGAUACGAUGAUGUCGGAAGGCCCGCUGCUGGCCGAGGGCCUCGAGGGAGAAGACGGGGAGAAAACCAGACAGAAACUCUCCAACCUGCAGCUCAAAUGGGAUGCCUUGCGUCUGGGUGCCAAGAACAGGCGGACGAGUCUGGAGCUCAUCCUGCCCAAAGCCCAGCUGUUUCAGGAGAGCAGUGACCAGCUGCAGGUGUGGUUGAUAUCGGUGGAGCAGGAUCUGGCCGAGCUGCGCACCGCUGAGAGAGGGAUGCUCCAUCUGCAGGAGGCCACAGAGCAGGCCAAGGCUGUACAGGAUCAAAUCAAGUCCAAAAAUGCUGAUUUGUUGAAUCUGCAGCAGAACAGUCAUGAUCUCAUGGAGAGGGUUUCAGACGAGGAGUCCCAGCUGGUGCAGGAGCGCGUGGACGGCCUGAGGAUCCGCUACUCGGUGCUGAGUCUGAGCAGCGUGGACGUGCUGGCGAGGCUGGAGCAGGCCCUGGAGGCCACCAGCCGCUGCACCUCCAGCCAGGAGGACCUGCACCUGUGGCUGGGCCGCAUCGAGAGGGAGCUGCUGGGGGCCGGAAGCCAGGCUGCCCUGGGGGCCGGGGACGCAGCGCUGUGUGCCGCCGAGAGGCAGAGGUUGGAGCAGGCUGUAGAGAAGGAGAUGGCCUGGUUUAGGGACACUGCCCGGGCCUUGGAGGAUCUAAAGGCCAUUACCUUGGACUCAGACCUCAUCUCCUCUCAGCUCUACGAGCAAAAGAUCCUCUCAGUAGAAAUCCUGCAGCAUAGGUUCAACAUCGAAAAGAUGAUGAAGAUCUCUGAAAUCCUACGAACCUACGGUGAAGAAGGAGAGACAGAGGGCCUUCAGGUGCAGCUGGACGUCCUGCAGGAGCAGUGCCACGUCACCUCGGCCACCAGCUCCCACGUGGUGCUGCAGCUGGAGCACGCUCAGUCGCUCCUCGCCCAGGUCGCCGAGGGCCACGCCGAGGUGUCGCCAUGGCUACGGGAAACCAAAGCCCUGGCCGAGCAGCUCUCGCUGAGCACCAUCAGCUACGAGGCUUUCAGGGAACAACAGGACCUCUUGCAGGGUCUGAGGGAGUCCAUUGCGGAGCAUAAGCCUUUGAUAGCACGGCUGGGGAUGCUGGCCAAGCGUCUGUCGGACCUGAACCCCGUCCAGGGCGAGGACCACUGCCGGCGCGCCAAAGAGGCCGAGGAGCAGCACCAGGCCAUCAGGGAUCGGGUCAGAGAGGCGGCCAGUCUGCUGGAGGAGUCGCUGCCUCGCUUCACACAGGUGGAGAACGCACGUCUGAAUGAGCGGAUGACGGUGAUCGGGGAGAGCCUGGAGCGCCUGCGCAGCCACAUGCAGUCUGGCGCCGCCCUGCAGGGCCUGACGCCGCGCAUCCGCGAGCAGCUGCAGGACAACAAGCAGACGCUGGCGGAGCUGUGCAAGCUGGAGCUGGGCCUGGCCAGCACGAGGGCUCAGGCCGACGAGCUGCUGGCCAACACGCAGGCGGCAGGACACGCCUCCAUCGGCACAGCGAUCCAGGAGCGAGUGUCCGGUCUGCUGCAGCUGUGGCAGGAGGCCCAGAGCCAGGCUCAGGAGAGGGAGCGCUGGCUCCUCAAACUCCUGGACCUCGCCGUCAAGUUCUGGAACGACGUGAGCGACGUCACGGUCGGCCUGAACGACGCCCAGCAGGCGGUGCUGGACCUGAACGCCAGCCGGUCAGAUUCAGAGACCAUACGGCAGAGCCUGGAGACCAUGCAGACACUCCGAGAGGACAUUGACGGCCUGCAGGGAGAUCUCGACACCCUUGGCAUACUUGGAAUGGAGCUGAUGUCCGCUUGUGGGGACACUGAUAAGCCUGACGUUACAAAGAGCUUGGAUGAGCUGUACAGCACAUGGAACAACCUGAGUAAGAUCUGGACGGAGUGCCACAGCAAGCUGGAGGAGUCACUGCAGAUGGCUCUGCAUUACCAGGACACCAUGCAGGGGCUGUUUGAGUGGCUUAAGUCUGCAGAGCUGAGAUCUACAGAGGAGUUCCUGGUGGGAUCUGACCUGGGAUCAGUGAAAGACCAGCUUUGUGAUUUGAAGGAGUUCAAGCGGGAGCUGUACCAGAAGAAGAUUGAGAUCGAGAGUCUGAACCAUCGCUUCGUGUGCCGCCUGUCUCCAGGCUCUGAGCGCCCAGGCUCGGUCUCACCACUCUGUGACUUCCGCCAGCGCUGGGACAGCCUGGAGUCCGAGACCGUGAGCCGACAGCACCAGCUGGAGUGUGCCCUGCUGGGUCUGGGUCAGUUCCAGAACACUCUGGACGAGCUCCACUCGUGGCUGUCCCGCACCGCUGAGCAGCUGAAAGGCCCCCGGCCCUUCAGUAUAGACCUGCAGACCUGUGAGAUCGAGCUGGCCAAGCACAAGGUGCUGCGGAACGACGUGAUGUCCCACGUGCACACGGUGGAGCAGCUGAACCGGGCUGGCCGCGGCCUGCUGGAGGCCGGCUCAGGGGACAGCCCCCACGGCCUGCAGCCGCGCCUGGAGGGCCUGAACGAGCGCUGGGAGUUUGUGCGCUGCGAGACCGAGCGCCGGCAGCUGGAGCUGGAGAACAACCUCAGCCAGGUCCAAGAUGUUACCAUGGAGAUCCAGGACCUGCUGCAGUGGCUGGAGAAUACAGAUCUGAGGUUAUCCUCCAGUAAGAUGGUGUGGGGAAUGCCAGACUCAGCCAAUGAGAGGCUCAAUGCACAUAUGGAGCUGUGUACUGAGAUGGAGUCUAAGAUGCAUGCCUACACAAACGUGAGGAAUGCUAUCCACAGGAUGUUGGAAGCAAGCGAUGUAGCCCGUGGUUCAAGCACAGAGCACAGUGUGUGCAUCCUUGAGCAGAAAUGGAACACAGUGUAUGCAAAAAUGCAAGAACGCAAGGCUAAGUUAACAGAGGGACUGAGUUUGGCCAAGGAGUUCAACAGUAAUGUGCAAAACCUGCUGACCAAAAUGGCCAAGUGCGAGGACUCUAUCGGAUAUUUACCAUCUCCGAGCUUCGUCCUGGACACCAUCUGUGGCCAGCUUCUGGACCAUAAGGUGCUGGUGAGUGAGGUGCACACGUACGGGGAGAGGAAGACGGCCAUGGAGAACGCGGCGUCCAAGCUGACGGAGCUCUGCAGGAAGGAGGACUGUGACGUGGUGCAGAACCUCAUCAUGACGGUGCAGGACCGCUACAGGAAGCUCCACCAGCGCACGCUGGAGCGGGGCAAGGCCCUGGAGGAGGUCAAGAAGCAGGCCAAACAGUUUAAUGAGUCAUGGCACCUCCUGCUGGACUGGAUGACGGAGGUGGAGCAGACGCUGGACACCCAUAAGGAGAUCGCCGUGUCCCAUGAGGAGAUCAAGGAACAGCUCACUCAGCAAAAGGAAUUCCAGAAGCUGCUGAGAUCUAAACGGCCUAUGUAUGAGGCCACUCUGAAGAAUGGACGGGCCCUUCUGGAGAAAUCUGUAACUGUAAAAGACAGGCAGCAGCUGGAGAACAUGGUGUCUGAGCUCCGAGACUCCUGGGAUACCAUCACUGGGAAGUCCAUGGAGAGACAGCACAAGUUGGAGGAGGCGCUGCUGUUUUCCGGGCGGUUCAGUGAUGCCCUGCAGGCUCUGAAUGACUGGCUGUACCGGGCAGAGCCACAGCUGGCGGAAGACAUGCCAGUCAGGGGAGAGAAAGACAUGGUCAAUAAUUUAAUCGACAAGCACAAGGUGUUCCAGAAGGAGCUGGGCAAGCGCGCGGGGUGCAUCAGGACCCUGAAGCGCUCGGUGCGGGACCUGACGCGGGGCAGCACGGCCGACUCCCAUUGGCUGCAGGAGCAGAUGGAGGAGCUGGAGUGCCGCUGGGAGGCCGUGUGCAAACUCUCCGUCUCCAAACAGGGUCGGCUGGAGGAGGCUCUCAGACAGGCAGAAGAGUUUGAUACCAAAGUCCACUCUUUCCUGGACCGGCUAGCGGAUGUGGAGAGGGCCCUCAAAUACGGAGUGAUCCCGGAGGAAGAGGAUGCUCUCCUGGAGUUCUGUAAACAACACAGGGAGUCCAUGAGUUCUCUGAGCUGCCAGGAGAUGGAGCUAGAGUGCAUCCGUACACUGGGAGAAGAUAUUCUAUCCUCCUGUCACGCUGACUCUGUCAUCACCAUCAAGUCCUGGAUCAGCGUCACCAAGACACGCUUUGAGGAGGUCCAGUCGUGGGCCCAGCAGCAGGGGGAGAGGAUCCAGGGAGCCCUGUCCAGCGUGGAGGCCGAGCGGGAGGAGGUGCAGAGGCUGCUGGACUGGAUCAACUCCGCUGAGGAGUCUCUCCACCUGCAGAACCGAGAGCCUCUGCCUGAGGACAUGGAGCAGAUGGAGGAGCUCAUCACUCAACACGCGGUGUUCAUGGAGGAGCUGAAUCGUAAGGCUCCCGAGGUUGAGAACGCCACACGGUCCUGCAAACAGAAGCACAUUCCGAAACAGCAGGCCUCCCCCAGUCGCAGGACGCCAACCAGGAAGAGAGGCUCCCUGAAACCGCAGCCCUCCAUCACACUGCCAUUGGAGAACCUGGAGCCCCAGACGCCUCAUCUGUGUCAGCUGGUCAGCUGCUGGAGACAGCUCUGGCUGCUCGCCCACACCAGACAACACAAGCUGGACGAACACCAGCAGAGACUCAGAGAGCUGGAGGAGUUUGCCAACUUUGACUUCCAGAUGUGGCGCAAGCGGUACAUUCAGUGGAUCAGCCACAUGAAGUCACGCAUCCUGGACAUCUUCCGUGGCAUUGACAGGGAUCAGGAUGGUAGAAUCAGCCAGAAGGAGUUCAUCGAUAGCGUUCUCGCCUCCAAAUUCCCCACCAAUGUACUGGAAAUGAAUGCCGUGGCCAACAUCUUUGAUCUCAACAACGAUGGGUACAUCGACUACUAUGAGUUUGUGAGCGCUCUUCACCCAAGCAGAGAUCCAUACAGGCGGCCGUUCGACGUAGACCAGAUAAACGAAGAGGUGAGCAGACAGGUGUCUCAGUGCAACUGCCCCAAGAGGUUCCAAGUGGAGCAAAUAAGUGCCAAUCGUUACAGGUUUGGAGACUCUCAGCAGCUGCGUAUGGUGCGUAUUCUACGCAGCACGCUCAUGGUUCGGGUCGGUGGAGGCUGGACAGCUCUGGAUGAAUUCCUCGUAAAGAAUGACCCAUGCAGAGUGAAAGGGCGGACCAACCUGAAGAUCAAGGAGAAGUAUCUGUCCCCGGACUCGUUCGACACGUCGGGCCGCAGGUCGGGCUCCAAAGGGCUAACGGUGAGCCGCUCCAACUCCAGCCUCAGCCUCUACAGCAGUGCCUCAGCCCCCACCAGCCCCCUCACACGCAAGACUCUGCUGCGGAGGAGUUUCUCUGGCGACCGCUGCAUCCGACCCAGGAGCUCCAUCGCUGCUCUGGGAACAGAGAUGUCAUUCCCCUCCACAGGGGACGAUGACUCACUCUCCCCCUCAGAUGAAGCGGAGAGACCUCCAACAUGAGGCCCUCUAGCUAACACCCCAACCAUCACCACCACCGUGACCAGGAGGAGGGGCCACACAGCGCUGCCUUAGUACCUGGAGCCACUACACAAGAGGCAAGAGACCAAAAGGGAAAAGGCCCGUAUGACAGCCUAGCAGAGCCAACAGAUUUCCUUUCCUAAAGUUUCACCGUUCACCUCAACCUCCCCGGAUCCGACCACACGAUGCAAAUCUCUACCGAGGAGCCAGGCAGUGGACCACACAUUGAGUCACUGCUUUUCUGUUCUACAAUAUUUUUUUCUUUUUCGUUUCUCGUCAGAGGGCCUGGUCAGAUGUUCACCAACAUCUGGCGAGCGUUUUUUUUUUUUAUUUGAACGGGAAUUCACGGAAUGAUCCUCUCUCUCCCUCCCUGUCAGCCGUGGAUGUGGCGCUCCAGUCUUGGUCUCCUGCAGGGACUACACGGUGUCCUGGAAUUGUGAAAUGAGUCAUUAGUGGAAUGUAUUGCAUGGGGUUGUUCCUUGUUGCAUGUUGCUUCGGGUCUAAACCACACUGUAGAUUAUGUAGCGUGAUAUCUGAGAUCAGAUCUGUGUCGUGUUGGACGGCCAAGGCCAUCCCCUCUCUGGUCCCGUGGCGAGGGAAAAUAUUUUGAUGAAUUCAACAUAUCUUCUCAAAGACACUCAAAACUCUGUCCUCCCCGCGGUUUUUAUAAACACCGCAGGUUACUUAAGCCUCUCUCUCUCUGUGUGUGUGUGUGUGUGUGUGUGUGUGUGUGUGUGUGUGUGUGAGUUUAUCUAUGUGUGUGUGUGUCUGUGUGUGUCUGCCUGUAUGUGCACAAGUGGUACAAGAUUAUGUGCUCACUUUCAUUCCUUUUUGAGUAGAAAAGUUCCUGAGCUAUGACAAAUGGAUAGUAAUCAUAGACUGUAUACAGUACAGUCUUUGGUGGUAAUGCUCAGAGACCAAACUGAAUGAUGCCCUGUGAGUAUUGCCACAAUGAUGUCCUUGGUUUGUACUUCUUGUUUAUAGCAGUUUUGAUGUUGACAGUGAAAGUGAUUCUUAUGGUUGGACUUGAUCUGUACUCUUUUGUAGAACUUCCUCAGGUUUGUUGAUCUUUUUGUUCUUGGAACCUUAGAAGGUUUAGAAAACACACUUUAAACAAAAAAAAAAAGAGUAUGUGCUAAUUUUCCUCCUCAGUGUCACUGACUGGGCCAAUGGAUGGGUGCUUGCCUGAAAUGAGCAUAUGAUUUUUUUGCACUUUCCCUAUGCUUCCUUCUCUCACCUCAGCCACGUCGGACUGUGGGUUGACCGCUGGUCUAGAUCUGUAGCAACAUGUCUUAGUCACGUUUCCUUUUUCUUUCCUUUCUUGUUUUGUUUUAGAACAAAUGACUGCUUCUGUUAAAGCUUACACUCUGUAUUUCACCAUGUGACCCAUCGUCGAGUGUGAAGACUCACACACACACACACACGCACACACACACACACACACACACACACACACACACACACACACACAUGCAUAUACACACGUGUCUGUCUGUGGGACACACACAGUACAUAUCCUCAGCACUGUAUGCCAGGCAGUCACACUCUCUACCUUGUUUCCGAAGCCAAAAGACGCCACUCCUGAGAUGCAGCCUUCACCACUUUCACCACUGCAGUACUUUUCAGCCUCCAAUGACCUUGUUCAAACCUGCCUUAAACUGAACUGUGAACAGCUAUGUUUGCGUUAGGAUGGGUGUGUGGGAUAUGAUUAUGUGACUACUGUGACUUGCUUUAGCCUACUGUUCACAGACUGGACGUAGACUUGUUUCCUGUUCAAGUCGAAGUGAAUAGUAUUUAUAAGUUGUCUUCUUUUUUUGUUGUUGUUUGUUUGUUUGUAGUAUACAGAUACCAUAUUAUCUAAGAAGAUAAAGGAUUUUUUUGUGAUGAGUAUUUUUCUCAUCUCUCUGUCCACAGUCACUUCAUUCUUCCUGAAUGUUGGGGACUUUUAGUGCUACUGUAAGUAACAACACUGCAAAACACCACUUCUGCUAUGCACUCUCUAUCUGUGUACUGUACCUGUAACAUAUUCCUAUUAAGCUUUCGACUGGGUAUCUGUUUUCAAGUGAUCAUAGACGAAUGUUACUAAUUACA